AUGCGCUCGUCGCAGUCUCUACUGGCGAUAUGCUCGCUGUUGAGCUUAUCCGGUGGAUCUGCAGCAUCUUCAGACUCUGAUGCGGUGAUCCAAAACGCCAACCACAUUUUCAAUGUCAUUCACGAUUCCAUGCGUCAAUGGGGAUCGUCGCUUCAUCACAAUGGCGUUUCUUUCUUCUUGGCCAAUGUUCCAGCGGGUACACAGUUAUACCACGGUACUUCGAAGUCGACUCCAGUCAAUGGCACUGAAUGGCUUGCCUUUGAACCCGAGCAUGCGAUGGUAUUCGCCAGGCCUCAUAUGGCCCCGCCGAAUCGACGCCCAGAGGAUGGUCGUGAUGAAGAUAUAGAUCGUGGACACCAUGAAGAGCUUCGUCGUCGCCAGCAUCAUGGUCCCGGUGAUAGGCCACCAGGACCACCACCGCAUUUCCCACCUGGGCCGCCGCCACCAUUUGAGGAUUUCGAGGUCUUCGAGGAGAAGGAGGCUGGGUAUCUUCACACCUAUGCCGCCGCAAAGGAUCUUCGUCUGGUAUACAUUGAUGGUAUGUCUGCAGCCAAGACGAAGAAGGGUACCCUCGACUCGCAAGAUGUGCUCAUGUUCAACAAUACCCUGGAUGACACACCGAAGGAAGGCGAACGUGGGCCCAUGGGAGAGUUUGAACGCGCGACAAAGGCAUGCGAAAUGUCAGAGAACGAGUGGGGUGGCCGUAUCGAUGGUGUAAUUCGCAUGGAGGCUGGCUUUGAGGUUAUCCUGUGUGCAUUCGAGCGUGACUUGACUCCCGUACGGAUUAUUCAGGUCAAGCCGGACUCGAGGGAAGGUGGUCCCAAGGGUCGGAUGCAUGAUAGAACUGGCGGUCCGAGGAAGGAUGAUGAUGGGAAGAGACGGGGUCCUCCCGGAGGACCAGGAGGACCAGGAGGAGGUCCACCCGGUAUGAACUCCGCUCGCUGGAUGCGUGCAGUGACUGCGCGGUAUGGUGGAAUCGGAGGAGACAGGGUUUCCCUCAACUAUGACCAUUUCGUGACUGCCUUCGCGUACGACCUGGACCUUUUCCAGGACAACUCGUCCCUACCACGUCUAGGACAAGUCCCCGACGCUGAACUAGACGUCGUACGCCGGGAUUUGAAUGCACUUAUUUUGGCUCACGGCGCGGGCGAGACUUCCCGCAACUGGCAGGCCAUCACGGACAUGAUCGUGAAGCGAUACAGCGACGAACUGUCCUACCUGGCAUCUGGCGAGUUCACCGAUAUCCAGUCCCUGCACCAGCACAUCGAAACCACCUUGUCCCCCUUCAUCGACUACAGCGAGCGAGACAACUCGUCUGAGGCCGAGCGAUGCGCCACGCAGUUCCUGCCCCUGGCAACACAGGACUCGCAGGUGUUAGCAGCACGAGCUGUGCACAGGGUUGCACACCAUGUCUGCUCGACUCUGCUAGAGGCCUGGGCGGAGGAAGACCUUGAGUUUGCGGUGCAGAAGGUUCAAGCUUUAGUUGACUAUUUGGACUGGACGAGCUGGAAAGAGUGCCGUGGCUGCGCCGACCAUGAGAUCUGCGUGGUGCCGAUCUGGCCCAUGGGAUCGGUGGCCGACUAUGAGAAGCCAACGUGCAGAGAGGCCUCGCGUCCGUACGAUGAUAACGGGGAGAGCUACUGGGGUGGAAUCCAUCCUUGA